AGUCGUCAGAAUCUGUGUGUUGAUGUGUAGAAUACCAUUUGCUGGUAAGUGGAUAGUCUCCCAACUUAAUGUGCUGUACAACUUCCUGCAUAUCCUAAAAGUGACUGAAGUCUAUUACAAAAAAUAUUUUAAUAACUCCUUGAUAUAUUAGGAUUUUUUUUUAUGAUGGCAUUUUAUUUAUUUUAUAUAGAGGAAGCCCUUAGAGCUCUUAGGUUCACCAGAGGUUUCGGUUCACCGCUUCUGCGUGGUGGUAGCUUGUGUAGCCUGUGUUGCUGCAGCCUGUGGUGCAGCUGCACAGCCUCCUGUAGUGAUCAGGGAUGAGUCUUAAUUUAUUUUUCUUUUAGAAGACACGGUUUUGCAAGUUAGUAACUGAUAAAAUUGAAGUGUCAGUCUUUUUUUUCCUCCCUGGCUUUUUGGCAAAACUUAGAUAGCUGCUGCUGAGCUUUUGUUGAAGUAAUUUCCAAGUUAAUUGUGUGGGGCUGAUUUUAGUUCUGGAGUCAUUGGGAGGAGGGAGAAUCAAAGUAUGAUACAAGCUGAAACUGUGGAUAAAAUUCUGAGGUCAUGUUAAAUCUUGACUUGUGAAAACAAAGAAGGGAAGAUAACUGUCCCUCCUGACUCGGGAAGGCAGAACGGACGUUUUUCCUUCGAGACUGUAUAAUGGACGGACCGAGCAUUAGCUACCUCUUCAGUGACUGGGCAAAAGUCGUACACUACGUGUUGUUACCAAAGCAGGCGCGCCGGUGGCUGUGGGACAGCCUCCCCCGCCGCGCCGGGGCGAGGCAGGCUGCUCGGGCCCGGCGGGGCGAGGGGCAGCGCCGGGGCUGCAGCUCCCCGAGACGCCUUACGGGGGCGGCGGCCCGGGCUGCCCCGGGCCGGUACGUGACUACCUCUAGCGGCCGCGUGGCGAGGCGCGGUGUCCCCCGGCGGCAGCCGCUGUAGCAGUGCCAAGUCUCCCAAUAAACGUGCUGCUAACUCUGACUGCCGCCGCCUCUCAUUUCCCCGCGCUCGCGGGGCCGGGGGCGGGCGCCCGCCCUCAGCCGCUUCCGGUGGCGCUGGCGGAACGGGCGGGCGCGCGGCGGGAAGCGCUUCCGGGGCGCUGCGGUACCGGCGGCGGAGCACGCACCGGCUGCAGGGAGCGGCCGGGCCGCGGCCGGAGCGGCGCCAUGGCGGCGGACUCGGAGGUGCUGCACUUCCAGUUCGAGCAGCAGGGGGAUGCCGUGCUGCAGAAGAUGAACCUCCUGCGACAGCAGAACCUCUUCUGCGACGUCUCCAUCUACAUCAACGACACGGAGUUCCAGGGGCACAAGGUGAUCUUCGCCGCCUGCUCCACCUUCAUGAGGGAUCAGUUUCUGCUCAACCAGUCCCGCCAGGUGCGGAUCACCAUCCUGCAGAGCGCCGAGGUGGGCAGAAAGCUGCUGCUCUCUUGUUACACGGGUGCCCUUGAAGUCAAAAAGAAGGAGCUGCUGAAAUACCUCACUGCUGCCAGUUACCUCCAGAUGGUUCACAUCGUGGAGAAGUGCACCGAAGCUUUGUCCAAGUACUUGGAGAUCGAUGCGUCCAUGGAGAACGGCAGCCAGGCUGCAGAGAGGUGUCAUUCCUCAGACGCCGAACUGAGACAUGGGGAUGAGGCUUUGGAUAAAGACUGUGAAAUCAUUGAGAUCUCUGAAGACAGCCCAGCGACCGCAGAGUACCCCGUGAAGCAGGAGAAGGGGGACCCCCAGGCCACGGUGCAGGACUUGGUUUUGCAAAGGAAGGACGCAAAAACGCCAGAAAUAUCAACAGUUGAAAUUGGAUACAAGGAUGAUGAGAUCUGUAUCUUCAGGAUGGAUUCCAUGAGCGUACCAAAUGGUGAAAGUGAUCAUUUCCCUCAGCCUUGCACGUCCUCCAAAACAAACCUUUAUUUUCCCGAAACCCAGCACUCCUUGAUCAAUUCCACGGUUGAAAGCAGAAACACGGAGAUGUCGGGAAAUCACUUCCAGCCUUUUGUCAGUGACAAUCCAGAAGGAACUUCCAGUCAGGUGAAUGGGUUCCAGAGCCUGGAUGAUUCGGGCAAUUCCUGGCGACACCAGUGUCCCAAGUGUCCAAGGGGAUUUCUGCAUCUUGAGAACUAUCUCAGACAUCUGAAAAUGCACAAACUCUUCUUGUGCCUGCAGUGUGGCAAAACAUUCACGCAAAAAAAGAACCUCAACAGACACAUCCGGGGGCACAUGGGCAUCCGGCCCUUCCAGUGCAUGGUGUGCCUGAAGACCUUCACUGCCAAAAGCACGCUGCAGGAUCACCUGAACAUCCACAGCGGGGACAGGCCCUACAAGUGUCACUGCUGCGACAUGGACUUCAAACACAAGUCUGCUCUUAAAAAGCAUUUAACCUCUGUUCAUGGAAGGAGCAGCAGUGAAAAGCCAAACCUGAACGCUAUUACAAAAGUUAAAAUAGACUAUGAUUGAUAGAUGGGUGGUUGUGGAGUCAGGCUCCAACAAAAGCUCCUGCCUGGUGAAACUCCCGGUACACAGCCCCUUGUCACGGGAGAGAAGCACAGAUACGUGAGCACUGAUCAAAGACAGGCCUUGUGGGCAGCAAACUUGCCUGCUGCAUUAAGGUUGCUAUUGCUGUAGAUUUGAAAAAGGUGUUUACCAGCUUAAACUGCAAAAUACAGGAAAUUAUAUCAUGCUUCUCUUCUAUUAUUCUGGAUGCAUUCUGAUUGCCCUCUCCUGUUUUACACCCUCUUGUUUCAAGGGCAGGCACUGCUGAUUUUGAAACUGUUACUGCAAUAAGCUGAAGCCUGAGCCAUGAUGUUCCCACUCUGUAGUGGCUAAGGAGCAGGGAUGUUUGUAAUUAUUCAGCGAGUCAGUCAUUCCCACCCAGCUCAUGUCUCGUUUAUGGUGAAAUCAUUUCCUUCCUUGCCCAAACUUUGCUAGAUCUUUCAGCAGCAAGAAGGCAUGUUUCCAUACUCAAGUGUGAUAGUUAAGAAAGAACAAAAAAUAAUCAAGAAAGCUUUCAAUUGCCUCUUGCAAUUAGAGAAUUGGUAAAAAUGAAUCCUAGAAUCACAGAAUGGUUUGGGUUGGAAGGUACUUUAAAGUUCAUCUCAUUCCACCCACCCACAGGCAGGGACACCUCUAGAUGAGGUUGCUCCAAGGCCCAUCCAGCCUGGCCUUGAACAGUUCCAGGGAUGGGGCACCCACAACCUCUCUGGGCAGCUUGUCCCAAUGCCUCCCCACCCUCAUGGGAGAAAAAUCCUCUCCCCUCUUUCAGUUUGGAACCAUUACCCUUUGUCACAUCACUAUAUGCCCUUGUAAAAAAAUCCCUCUCCAGCUUUCUUUUCGGCCCCCUUCAGGUAUUGAAGGCUGCUCUAAGGUCUCCCCAGAGCCUUUUCUUUUCCAAGCUGAACAAGCUCAACUCUCUCAGCCUGUCUUCACGGCAGAGGUGCUCUAGCCCUUUGAUCAUCUUUUUAGUCUCCUCUGGACUUGCUCCACCAGGUCUGUGUCCUUCAUAUGUUGGGGCCCCCAAAGCUGAAGACAGUACUCCAGGGGAGUCUCACAAGAGCAGAGUAGAGAAACAAAACAGUGUUGCCUUGCAGUUAGUUUUUAACUGGGUAGUCUUGUUAGAAGGACUUGCUUUCCGUUUCACAAACGAGCUCAGAAUUUUUCUAAAUGUCUUCCUUCUAAUGGGUUUUUUCUCCUGUCACAGCAGUGUUCUGCACCUGUAUUGGACUAAUUCCAAUUAAGUUAGCCCUGUUUGUUGAGUUGUACUGUUUGCCUUCAUUUUUUACAGAUCUUAGUUAGGUACACUAAAGUGAGCAAUGAAGGGGUGUGCUGUUACCUAACAGCAGCUUCUGUGUUCUGCAAAACAAUCCUUUAUAGCUUAUUAGGAAUCACUUAGACAUAGAGGUCUUCUCAUACUCUAACUCUGUGAUACAGUAAAGCAGUAACUGUGUGUUUGGAUAGCUGUGCUUGUACUUUGUCAAAGGUCAUUUCAGCUACAUCACAAGCAUUGAAAGCUCUGUAAUACAGAAUCUUUAUCUUUUACCUGUCUUUGACUGGUAUAUGUUUCUUACACUUAAUGUGCUAUGAAUAAAGAGUCAAUUCAGUUAAUAUGAGAUAAUGGUACUUACAUUAGAUUGUCUCCCAUUAGUAAAAAGCAAUAGUUCUUUAUCCUGUAUCAUGAGGGUACACUUUCCUUCAAGCUUCAGAAGCACUGUUCAGAAGUUCUUGCUCCGAGUCCAGAAGCCUGGCCCAUCUGCUCCGUAACGUGGCUGACUUGAAAAUCCAAAACAACAGUUUUUAAUGUCAGUAAGUAGAUUUCACUUACUUUCCUUCCUUGGUGAAUACACCAGCCAUUACUUGGGGUUUUGUUUAUAAGCUAUGUGAGGGGUUAGGUGUGUGGUAGCUACCAUGCAGUUCCUGUUAUUAUCUGUGCCAGCAUUAUUACUGUCUGCAUCUCGUGGAGAUUUCAUGAGGGGGCUUUUAAGGUCUUCAUCUGGUAUUAUUAACACUUAAAGUACAUUUUAGUUGGAUUGCAGCAGGAUUUGCAGGUCCCAGUUCAUACCUGUCGUGGAAGGCAGCGUAUGUCUUCCACGUGGAAGCUGAGCGUGCCACCUAGUGCCACAUGCUUCCAAAAAAGUCACAGAAAUGUCUCACUUUACACAGACAGUGACUUGUGAAGGGCUCCAUUGCACUGGAUUGCUGGGAAGGUGUGCCUGCUUAGCCCCUGUACCGAGAGUUCCUAUGCAGAAUGACAGAAAUUCCACCUCCCGAGGACGUAGCUAGUGUACCUGUGAAUUAUAAUCAUCUGGUUUAUCCAGUACUCUAAGCAUAAGGGCCUACCUUUCAUAAUCUCUACUGUUAUUUCAUACUAAAAGUUGAUAAUUUGCUUUCAUUUGGUCAUUUUUCACUAUAGUAAUUGCCAUGAGAAUUACUGCAGUUAAAAAGUUUGGGAGUCACAUCUCGUGUGACUGCAAAUAAAUUGCAUUUUGUAGCACUCUCUUCUGUUUGCAUUCACGAGUCUGUCAUUGUUCACAGCCUUUUCAACCUUGUGUUUUGAGUUGUUUGCUUCAUUUUUCACCAAAAUAUUGUUAAUUCUGUGUUCUUAAUUGCCUACAAAUUAAGAGCCUUGUUUUUCAAAAGCCUGCUAAUACCUGCAGUUGCCCCUGCUGUAUUUACAGAUGUCAACUUGGGUAUACAUACAGCUUUUUAUGUAACUUCUGAUUAGUGUCUACAGGCUUAGUUACUUAAAAUAAAUUCCUUCAUCCUGGGAAGAGGUCAUAAAACAAAGAAAAGUUUACUCUCCCCCUCUUCUUUACAGUGGGCUGUUAUUACUGUAGUUCAGUAAAUAUAUUGUGCAUUUAUGAGACAGAUUUUGUUCAACUGUGCUUACAUUUGUUCAGUUAAUGAGCAUUUUUGCAGGUGUAUGAUUAGCAUUGAUAACACUUCAAAAGAUCGUUCCUUGGGUUUUGUUUGACUGUUUUUUAUAGGUAUGUGCAUGGGCAUUUCCCUGUGUGACAAAAGGUAAAGGGAGGCUGAUCUUUUGAAGUGCAUCUCCUGUGGGAGCAGGAUUGUGAGUCGUUUUAGUCUGCUGUUGUAUUGCAUGUAAACAUGAGAGGGUGUUGUGCGACAGGCCAACAGCAUGUUCUGUUCAGUGGCUAGAGUGUCUUGGUAAACUUUGUGAACAAAAAAACUGGUUUUGUGGACAUGUUCACAUUAAAGGUGUUUCCUCUCUGCUGUCCGUACAUGUAACCACUCCUCCUGUCAUAACACAAUAAAUUAAAUGCAAGCAAGA